AUGUCCUCGCGUUUCGGUUCGACUCUUGCAGCAGUAAUUGGUUUUGGAAUGGUUGAUAAUAGUUAUGAACAAGAUGGCCGUAAUUACCGAGAUACAUCAGACUCUGCAUCCGUUAUUUCAAAUAGUGAAUCAUUUACUUCUUCACCUACAACUUCACCUACAAAUUCACCCACUUCGCACCCUAAUAUGCAACGUCGAGCAUCAGAGUCUAUUGCCGAUUCUACUCAAAUUCAAUUUAGAAAAAUGCCUGUUAGAAGAUAUACUUUACCUUCCAAGAUGAAUCCUUUUAGUUUGAUUGUUGGAAGUGCAACUGAUUCUUCAAGUCUGGCUAGUCGUAUAUCUGGUAAUAAAAUUUGGGAGAACAACCGAGAGGAUUCUUCAGUUCAAGUUGCCAUG